AUGCCACAAACCAGAAAUGCAGAAUUUAAUCGUCAUGAAAUCCAGAUAUAUGAGGAGGUAGCCAAAAUGCCUCCCUUCCAGAGAAAGACAUUAGUAUUGAUAGGAGCUCAAGGUGUGGGACGAAGAAGCUUGAAAAACAGGUUCAUAGUGUUAAAUCCCACUAGAUUUGGAACCACAGUGCCAUUUACUUCACGGAAACCAAGGGAAGAUGAAAAAGAUGGCCAGGCAUAUAAAUUUGUGUCACGAUCUGAGAUGGAAGCAGAUAUUAAAGCUGGAAAAUAUUUGGAACAUGGGGAAUAUGAAGGAAAUCUCUACGGAACCAAGAUUGACUCUAUUCUUGAAGUUGUCCAAACUGGACGAACUUGCAUUUUGGACGUCAACCCACAAGCCCUGAAAGUGCUGAGGACAUCCGAGUUCAUGCCCUAUGUUGUGUUUAUUGCUGCUCUCGAACUAGAGACGUUACGUGCCAUGCACAAGGCUGUAGUGGAUGCUGGUAUCACUACCAAGCUUCUGACGGACUCUGACUUGAAGAAAACAGUGGAUGAAAGUGCACGGAUUCAAAGAGCAUACAACCACUAUUUUGAUCUGAUCAUUGUAAAUGACAAUCUAGACAAAGCCUUUGAGAAACUACAAACUGCCAUAGAGAAACUGAGAAUGGAGCCACAGUGGGUCCCAAUCAGCUGGGUUUACUGGUGA